CUUCACAAAUUGCAGGUGGAGCACGACAUUUUGGUGUCACAGACCACACAAGAUGGCCAAAUGCAGCACAACAAGAACCUACAACUACAGUGAACAGCGGUGCGGGGACAUCUACUGCGGGGAGCUCUGAGCGCACGGAAGACGCGUUCCACCAGCCAGCAGACUGUCAUGCCGCAAACAAUUUCGAGUCAGAGUCGGGAAUGGCAAUCAUUCCAGCAAUGCCGACGAGCACCCCUUUGAACACAAGCACUAGCAACACUCGAGUAGAUGGAACUGCCGCCGAUACUGAAGCGAAUGAUGAAACUGACGACGACGCACAAGAGGAUGAAGAUGGUGGGCAAUCCGAGAUCGUGGUACCUCAGCCACCAUACAUUGGGCAGAGAUUUGGAUCGUUCGCAGAAGCAAAGGAAUACUACCAGGCAUACGCAAAGUUCCAUGGAUUUGCGGUCAACACCGAGUACCAUAGGAAAAUUAAGAAAACUAAUGAGUACGGCAGAGGUGAGAUGAGGUGCCACAAGGCACGGAGGAACAAGAAGGGGAAAGGUGUUGCGCCUGUCGUUCCGGAACGAAAGAGAGGCAUCAUUCUCAAGACGGGGUGCCCUUUCCGGUGUAAGCUAAACGUAGAUGGAGCAACAUGGGUGGUCAAUGACGUGUUCAUCGUCAUCGGUGUCAUCGUCGUCGUCCUUGCUGAGGCCAGCGUCUCCAUCCACAUCAUCAUGUGUCUCACCGGGCUCUUGGGAGCUGUUGUAGUCAUACCGGCCACGGCAACCAGUUGGCCGAUGUGUACGUCCUGGGACAAAUGA